GGAAAUUCUAACCUUUAUGAGGCGGGUGGAAGACUGAAGUCAGGAGACUACACAUGCGUCGCCAGGCUCAGUGCAACGAGGAAGGGGGCUGUAGCGGUGGUGUGGGUGUAGUCGGUUCCCUUUUUUUUUUAUUUCUCAAUUACGCCGUAAAGGUGGCGUGGAAGCGGCGGUAGUCGUUCGGUCCUUCAGAGCCUUUGUCCCUGAAGGCUGGACAUGACAGCGGCGCGCGCUCUGCUUGUGGUCGUAGCAACGCUUAGAAUGGUUCCUUCCAACACAGGGUCAACAUGUCUGGAGCCCCCUCAGAAUGUUACUGUACACAUUGUUAACACAAACAUCACUCUGAAAUGGGACUGGGAAAACCCAUGUGGACUCAUUGUAACCUUUUCAGCACAGUAUGAAGAGAUGCCAGAACAUGAGGAGAAUUUUGAAAAUUGGACAGUGAUUCCGGAGUGUCAGAAUGUAAUCUCCACAGAAUGUGAUCUCUCAUUAUUGAAACUAGAUUAUUUAAGUUAUUAUAAUGUGAGUGUCAGAGUGGAAGCAGGGAAAGAGAGUUCUCCAAGGGCCUCUUUAAAAUUUUCUCCUUAUCUUUCAGCCCAGGUUGGUCCUCCAGGAGUGUUGUUGGAAUCAGUAGAUGGAAAUGUAAACAUCAAAAUUAUACCUCCAGAAGCAGACCAGCCAAAACAAAUGUGGAAGUAUGACACUUUAAUUUACAAUUUAGCAAUCUGGAAGAACUCAUCAAAAUCUGAGAAAAAAUACCAGGAUGUUUUUUCAGGGCAGAACCUUUCUGAUCUUCAGCCAGAUACUACUUAUUGUUUGGAAGUUAAAGCGUACCUAGAAUAUCAUAAAGCUUUAUGGAGCCCAGAGUACUGUAUAAAGACACCUAAAGCUUUUGAUGGUCUGGCUCCUCCCACAAACCUUCAUGUUCGUGCUUUGAAUAUGAAGUGCAUUUUGUAUUGGGAUGACCUAUAUAAUGGAAGAGUAAGCUUCACAGUCCAGUGGAUCUAUGCAUAUAGAAGGGAAUUAUCUCGUGAUUACUCAAAGGAAUGGAACACUGUACUUGGAUGUGAAAACAUCACCAGAGAAAAGUGUGACAUCUCAUCUCCGAUUACUUUCAAUGGAAUUUUCUAUUUUCGUGUACGUGCCAUGAAUAGCCACUUCAAAUCACCUUGGUCUGAAGAGCUAGAAUUUGAUCCUUUAAUAGAAAAUGAAAUUGGCCCACCAAAUAUCAAGGUUAAUACCGGUGAGAAUUCACUUCAUAUUGUUGUUUUGCCACCCGGAGAACUGGAAAAUAACUCUAUGAGCAACUAUUAUCCAUUUACUUACAAAAUUUGGUAUUGGAAUAAAUCUUCAGAUGCCAAGAACAAAGUUGAAACAAAAUCAGCAUCAUUCAUAAUCCCGAAUUUGUCUCCUUCAACUGUAUACUGCUUAGAAGUGCAAGCAUGGUCUCCUGUAAAAAGCAGCAAUUUCAGCAAUGUGACGUGCAUUGAAACUGCCAGUGGACAAUCAAAUCAUGUUUCUCUUGUCAUCACAAUUAUUUUCUUUGGUGCUGCUGCUGUUGUCAUAUUCUUGCUCUUUGCUUUCUGGUGUACAUGGAAGAAGAUCAAAUAUGCAUUCUUCCCCUCAUGCAAUCUUCCAUCAAUCAUAGAGAAGACUGGAGAAAGAGAUCCAAACAGCUCCUACUGGAUAUCUUCAGAAGAAUCCACAGAAAAAUGUGUCCUUGUAAUUGAAAACAGCAUCCCACCUGAAAUUAACCAUAUUAAGGGCCACAGUCAAUCAGAACAGAGCUGUCGAGACUCAGGAAAUUAUUCCAAUGAUGAUGAUAUUUCUGGAAAUAAAAAUCCACAUGAAAUCAAAGAAGAAGCAGCAAUAUGACUUGGAUGAUGGGUAGAAGCUCCAAGAUGAGAGGGGCAAUAUAGCUAGCACCUUAUUCAAUCUCUUAAAAUAUUUUUUUUAUUAUAGCUGUUGUCUUUUGUUAAAAGAGACUUCAUGCCAGAAAAAAGACUGGCAACUGGCUUUGGUGUCAAAGAACUUGUUAUGUAUUGCUAUCAGGAAUAUGGCUGGAACAGAGGAGAUUUUUUAAAAUCUGAAUUUUCUCUAUAAAGUCAUAAUGAGAACUUCGCUAAAAUGUUCACCUGUUUAGGUGUUUGGAAAUACAAAGAACAGAGGAAAGAAAAUUAUAGUAAACUUAGGCUGUAUACAUGCAGACUUUCAGUUUUAUAAUAUCAACUGUGAAUUAACAUCUUCUUUCUGUAGCAAAGUAUAAUAGUCUUAAAAGAGGCUAUAUAAGCCUCCAAAAAGUAUUGAUAGGAUGGUCUCUCCAGAUUUUCUCAGAGGAUCCCAAAUCUACACAGGCAUUAGUGAUAACUGUGGUGUGCAGAGCACAGUUUGACCACAGUGUUAAUAGCGCCUUCUAGAAGGUGGUGCUUGUUGUUAACAUAACCCUGUACAAGAUCAAUUGUUUCUUCUUUACAGACAGUUAAGACAAAAGUAGCAUGUAAUGAAGAGCACCGGGAGAGGGAAUCAAAGUUUCUUCAAGGAAAAUCCUUCGAAGGAGUUAAAUAAGUGAAAAUUGUGAAGAAAGGCAUGGCCUGCCUCAAAAUAGUUAAUAGUUCUUAGCAGUCUCUCAGUUUACAGUGACCAUAAUGGAUACCUGCAGUUUGUAAAUACAAAUACAAUGUUAUUAGUGUUAACAGUAAAUAAUAAUGUUUUGUUAUCACUGCCUAUCUGUAUUAGUAUACAUAUUCUCAGUUACUUCCAAUUUUAACAUAGAAAAACAGCCUCCUGUUGAACAGAAGACUUUUUCUCAAGUCUGCAACUCGUGUCAAAAUAUUUGAAAACCAAGUUUUAGGGAAGGACUUUGCAAGGAUAUAGUGUGCCUCUACUUAAGUUUUCUGUGCUGUUUUUGAGGGGAGAAAUUAAUCACUGUCUAAAGCUUACCAGGGAACACCGCUAGUGAAGUCUAAACAAUUUGUAAGAAAGGAUACUCUGUGUGUGUUGUAAGAAAAUAAGAGUCCUGUGCUGAAUCAGACCAGUGGUCUGUGUAAUCCAGCUUCAUGGAAGAGGGAGAACUUAUCUACUUUCCCUACCACAUGUAUAACUAUGUAUAAACCUCUGAUACCCAAA